AUGGCCCUAGAGGGGGAUGGCGCAAUCCACUCAAUGUCCUCAAGGUCCAUCUCUUCCCACUAUGCAGGUUCGGGUUUUUCAACAAAAACUCCUUUGCCACUGUCCAUGCUGAAAAAACUUCCAGGGAUCCACAGAAACAAAGAGGAAGGGGACUCCCUGCACAUCCCAUAUAAAGGGCAGCUUAAAGACACAAGCAUAAUGGAAAAUGUAGUUCUAAAACAUCUGGAGAGUCAAGUAUCACACCACCAGAAUGUACACUACAGUAUCACACCACCAGGAGUUUCACUACAAUAUCACACCACCAGGAUGUACACUACUGUAUCACACCACCAGGAAGUGCACUACAGUAUCACACCACCAGGAUGUGCACUAAUGUAUCACACCACCAGGAUGUGCACUACUAUAUCACAGCACCAGGAUGUGCACUACAGUAUCACAUCACCAGGAUGGGCACUACAGUAUCACACAACCAGGAUGUGUACUACAGUAUCACACCACCAGGAUGUGCACUACUAUAUCACAGCACCAGGAUGUGCACUACAGUAUCACACCACCAGGAUGUGCACUACAGUAUCACAUCACCAGGAUGUGCACUACAGUAUCACACCACCAGGAAGUGCAGUACUAUAUCACAGCACCAGGAUGUGCACUACAGUAUCACACCACCAGAAUGUGCACUACUAUAUCACAGCACCAGGAUGUGCACUACAGUAUCACACCACCAGGAUGUGUACUACAGUAUCACACCACCAGGAUGUGCACUACAGUAUCACACCACCAGGAAGAGCACUACUAUAUCACACCACCAAAAUGUACACUACAGUAUCACACCACCAGGAUGUAUACUACUAUAUCACACCACCAGGAUGUACACUACUGUAUCACACCACCAGGAGUUUCACUACAAUAUCACACCACAAGGAUGUACACUACUGUAUUACACCACCAGAAUGUACACUACAUUAUCACAGCACCAGGAUGUACACUACAGUAUCACACCACCAGGAUGUGCACUACAGUAUCACACCACCAGGAUGUGCACUACCAUAUCACAGCACCAGGAUGUACACUACAGUAUCACACCACCAGAAUUUGUACUACAGUUUCACACCACCAGGAUUUACACUACAGUAUCACACCACCAGAAUGAACACUACAGUAUCACACCACCAGGAUGUACACUACUAUAUAACACCACCAGGAUGUGCACUACAGUAUCACACCACCAGGAUGUACACUACUGUAUUGCACAACCAGGAUGUACACUACUGCAUCACACCACCAGAAUUUACACUUCUCACACCACCAGGAUGUACACUAAGGUAG